CGUAAAAAUAAUCAAAGGCCCAAUUGAGAUGAGGCCCGUUACGUUGUUAAGGAAGGUUGCGACAUAGCGGGGAGGCCGUGAAACUCGGUGACUGGAAAGGGAAAGCUGCUGCUUCAUUUUCUUCUUCAUCCUCAGAUCUCUGAUAGGUUGAACGUUGAAGGAAGUAGGAAAAUGUUUCUCAAAGUGCAGUUACCAUGGAAUGUCAUAAUUCCUGCUGAAAACUUAGAUGCAAAGGGCUUGAUGCUCCAGAGGUCAAUUAUAAUCCGUCUACUAGAUGAAUUUGCCACCAAAAAGGCCACCAAGGAUCUCGGCUAUUUCCUUGCAGUUACAACUCUAGAAAAUAUAGGAGAAGGGAAAGUUCGUCAAACAGGUGAUGUCUUGUUUCCAGUUAUUUUUAGUGGUAUCACCUUCAAACUUUAUAGGGGAGAGAUCUUGGAAGGGGUUGUUCACAAGGUUCUCAAGCAUGGUGUUUUCUUGAGAUGUGGCCCCGUCGAGAACAUUUAUCUCUCUUACCUAAAAAUGCCAGACUACCGCUAUGUGCCGGGCGAGAAUCCCGUUUUCCUGAACGACAAGCUCUCAAAGAUUGAGAAAGAUGUGGUAGUUCGUUUUAUUGUGAUUGGAACAAAGUGGCUUGAGGCCGAAAGAGAGUUUCAAGCACUUGUAAGUUUGGAAGGUGAUUAUCUAGGGCCUGUUUCUUAGUGAUUUUUUUGGCACUGCAAGUAUGUACUCUGUAUAUAUAAACCCAAAUCAAGUUUUCUUCAGGAUGGAACAAUGUGUAGGUGACAUUAUCAAUUGAAGCUAAAUGCUUGUAGGAAGUUUCUUUGACGAUGAACAGUAGGCCUGUAAUGCAAUUAUGCUAUCCUGUUAUUUUCUUCAUCUUUGUUAGGCUUUAAGACUUGAUUUUCAUUAAAUCUUAUGUAUCAUGCAUACAGAUAUAUAAUAUCUUGGAUAUUUAAUUUCCAAA